AUUAUUGACUAGGAAAUCAGCAUCUCAUCUCAUCUCUACUUACUGUGUUAAUUGUUUGUUUAUCUUUUUUGAGGAAAAAGUGAGCUUUUAGUUUAAAAGACUAGAAUUAAUUUCUACAGAAUCUGAUUUUAUAUUUAUUUUUUUCGGAACCUAAGUUGUCUGAAAAUGAUUGGAACCUCAAACUCUUUAAAUAAGAAACUACGAGUGUUUCCAAGAUGAAAGCUGAAUUAAAAAGCCAGAGAUAAACGUUUGAAAGUCGUGCACUGUCAUCAGUUAAAGGAAAUUAAAAGGUUCUAUUGAGUCAUUUUCAUUGCAUACGCUAUAUGAAUGAUAGUAUGUUUUCCGAAACUGGAUCUGAAAGUGAAGCCUUGCAGUCAGCUGUGAAGCGUAAAAAAGGGCGACGUAAGAGUAAGAAAUUAGUUAAAAAUAAUCAUGACUCGGAUAGUGAAGGAAUGGAAGAUGAUCAGCAUAAAGUCUAUCCGACUCGUAGAGCCAUCCAAAGUAUGCGCUUACAAAGUACCAAAAGGAAAGAAUCAAGCCAUGACUCCGCUAGCGAAGAUUCAGCAAUUGUGCAAAAAUCAACUCCUACUAGAGGCAGACCAAAAAAGAGUAAAGUCCAAGAAGUGAAACAAGAAAUUACUUCUGAUGAGGGAUUUAGUAAAAAAGACAGUGACAAAAAUGAAGAUUCUAAAUGGAAAAAGGAAAAAGAUUCUAGUGAUUCUGCUAGUGACUCACAGACUGUACGUUCAAAAAGAUCUAAAGGGCCUAAAAAGCGUUCUCGUGGAAAAGCUGCCAAUUGUAAAUCUCCUUCAAAUGAAGUAGACAGCAGGGAAGAAAAGGAACCUAAAUGUCCAGUUCCUAAUUGCAAUUCUGAAGGGCAUCUAAGUGGCAGAUUUGAUUCACAUUUUACGGUUACAACUUGCCCGGUUUAUCAUAAUACUACUGCUAGUGCUUGUAAAAAUCGUUAUCAGAUAAGGAUUCAGGGCCGGACAGAAAGACAAUUGAGCGCACUGAAUAAGUUUGGUCUUCGUAAAGUUGCUAGUGAGGAACAAAAGGAACACUACAAACAGAAACAAGAAGAAAGAAGGAGAUUUACCAGUCCUGAUGCAAAACAAAAUGGUGUAACAACUGAUAACAAGGAAAUUAAACUAGUUGAAGACAAGAGUAGAGAACCAAUCCUUACCAAUUUUGCUCCAACGUAUGAUAUUGAAUUGUUUCGGGAAGCUCAGGCUUGCGCUGCCGAAGAAUUCGAAGAAAUGCUCCAGAGGCAAAAAAAUAAAUAUGGGAAAAUCCACACUCUUGAAAUGGGUAGAUAUGAAAUGGAUGUUUGGUACAGUGCUCCUUAUCCUGAAGAAUAUCAGAUGUUACCCAAAUUGUACAUUUGUGAGUUUUGCUUAAAAUAUAUGAACAGUGACACUGUGCUAAGAAGGCAUUUAGCUAAGUGCAUAUGGCGCUAUCCGCCUGGUGAUGAAAUUUAUCGCAAAGGAAAUAUAUCCUUCUUUGAAGUAGAUGGGCAAAAAAAUAAAACCUACUGUCAAAAUUUAUGCUUGCUAGCUAAAUUAUUUUUAGAUCACAAAACUCUUUAUUUUGAUGUUGAACCAUUUCUUUUUUAUGUAAUGACUGAAUCAGAUAAUGAAGGAGCUCACAUUAUUGGCUACUUUUCAAAAGAAAAAAACUCGUUCUUAAACUAUAAUGUCUCAUGUAUUUUGACAUUACCCCCGUAUCAAAGACAAGGAUAUGGUAGAAUGCUGAUUGAUUUUAGUUACUUGCUUAGUAAAGUUGAAGAAAAAGUAGGCUCACCAGAGAAGCCAUUAUCUGACUUGGGUUUAAUUUCGUAUCGCAGUUAUUGGAAGAGUAUUUUAUUAGAUUAUUUGAGUACUUUUGAAGGUAAAGAAUUUUCCAUAAAAGAUUUAAGUCAAGAAACUGCCAUAACUGCUUAUGAUAUUGUAAGCACACUGCAAGCUUUAGGUUUGUUGAAGUACUGGAAAGGCAAACAUAUUGUUUUGAAAAGACCUGACAUUAUAAAUGAUUAUAUUUCCAAAUCAAAAAAGAGAAAAAUGGAUAAAGUGAUUGACCGAAACUGUUUACAUUGGAUUCCUCAUACUACCAAUAACAACACUAGUGAACAUUGAGAUUUGUUGUUGUUAGGUUUGUCUAAUGUUUUUAAACAAAUCUUAAAUUUUUAUUAGAAAAGGACCAAGAUUAUGAAAUAAUAACAUGUAUGUUUUGUGAUCAGACUAUAAGAAUAAACAUUUCUACCUGUCUCAUAACCUGUGUCAUAAACAUUUAACCACUUUUUUAUUAAUGAUCCCGAAUUUAGUUCGAGUUGUGCUUUUAGACAGAAGACCAGUUGUUUUCCCUCUGCAAUGCAGAAAUUGUGUAUUGAAAAGAGUUCUUUGAACAAAUAUUUCCCUAGUAGUGGGAUAGUUAAAGGGUUAAAUAGUUUUUCAUAUUUUAGUCAGAGACUUGUAUUUAAAUUUAAAACACAAUGUUCAAUUUAUUCGAUUUUUGUUAAUGACAGUGUCUUCAUGAUUUAUUUUUUAUUUCAUAUAAUAUAUUUUUUCAAAUUUUGAUAUUCCAGCUAAUUAUAAACAGAUCAUUUACAUGAAAAAAGAUUUUAUGAUUUUUUAUUAUAAUACCUAAUUACAAAGAAUUGGCUACGGGUGUUGUCUAGAAAUUAGAAGUUAAUGUUGCUAUAUAUCAACGAGUUAUUUUGUGCCGAGAGUUUUGAAAAUUGUUGGUACAUUAAAAGUUUUAAAAUAAUAUGAGAAGUGAAUACACUAUGAUUUUCAAUUCUCAUUACUGUAUUUAAUAUUGUUCUAUGUGUUUUAAUAUUUUUAUUUAAUUGUAUAGAACAGUUAAAUUAUCAUAUAUAAUGGAAUCUGAAUGUUCUGAAUAGCUUGUUUUUGUUGACAUGAAUCUGUUAGAGAAGAAUUUGGUGGUGAUUCGAAUAAAUAAAUUUUAAAUAGCAGACUUGUGAACAGUUAUGAGGGUUACCCUCAAAAUUUUUUGGGAAAUUUUUUAAGUCACUAUAUUAGUAUCAUAUUGUAAAAUUAAACUGACAUUCAUUAGAUGCUACAGGUAAACAAAACUGGAGUAUUUUUAUCAACUUAAAAUGUGAUGCCCUUUCUGAGUUUUGCAAAAAAAGAAGAAAAGAAAAUCAAUGCUUGAAAUUAUUAUUUUUAAUUGUGUUUAAAGCUGAAAAGUUAAAAUGUAAUAGUUUCCUUAUUAACUGUUUUGCAUAUAUAAUGCCUCUAUAAUUAAAUAAAGAAAAAUUACCUGGGAAUAUAAAUUGAGGCUAUGAAUUAAAAAUUUCAUUUAUGAGUGUUCAAAAUGAAAAUAAAAUAUAUCUUAAAAUAAUUGCAUAUUUCUCAAGAAAAUUAUAUUAUGAAUACUGGACAAAAUAUUUUAUUUACUAAGUUGAUCUAUGAAUAUCUGAAAUGGAAAUAUAACAUGUAAUGAAAUAAUUCUAUAUUUCUCAAAAUAAAUAAAUAAAAUAAAUAUUAGACAAAAUAUUUUAUUUGAUAAAUUAAUUGAUGAACAUUUUAAAUGAAAAUAUACUAUGUUCUUAACCAACUGUAUAUUUUACUACAAAAAAUAAAAUGAAAUUUUUUUACUAACAAUGCUGACAUAUUUCAUAAAAAGCUAAAAAUGUAAAAUGCUCAGUUCAGUUUUCACAAUCAAGAAUUUGUGGUUAAAAAAAUAAGUAUGAUACAAUUUGGAUCACAAUUUUUAUAUAAAAAGUUUUCUAAUUGUUCAAAAGCCGAGAUAAUAUGAUAUGAUUUUCUAAUUUUCUGGGUCACUCUCAGAAGUGGAGAGCAUUGGGUUAAAAAAUCAGAAUUGCUGCAACUAAGUGAAAAUUUUGUGUAUGUGUUUUUUUUCUCCUUUACUAGAUCAUGCUCAGAAUUUGAAUUUAAAAGUAUGAUAUUGUCAUUGGUUAUCACCUGCCAGAACUUUUUUUUUAAAAUCCUAAUUUAGUAAUUAACAUUGCUGCAGCAGCCAGUACAAUGGUGCAAUCUUCUUCCCGUUGUCACUACCUCAUUAU